UUAAUGCUGGCAGAGCCAGCCGCCGCCGCGACCGCGAUGCAGGAUUUGCAGGUGCCCCGUUAUCUGCCGGCUCCGCCGCGCAAAUAAAAGGGCACGCACGCGCCCGCGCGCGGGCGGGCGGCACCAAGAGACCGGCGCGGAGACGAACUGAAGCGCGCCGUAUCGUGCCCCAUGCGGACCCCCUCGCCUUCGCGCCGCGCCGCAAUGGCGGCGCCAGCUAAGCCCGAGACCGGGAGCCGUAGGGUUCGCCGCCUCGUCCUGCCCGGCGACCAAAUCAUCGCCGCGCUGGCCCCCUUCCUCCGCUUCGCCGAUCACCUCGUCCACCGCAUCGUCUGCCGCGCCUGGCGCCGCUCCUGCCGCAUCAUCGGCCGGGCGCCGCCGCCGUUCCCUUGGCUCAUGCUCCCGCCGCCACCGGCCGCCGAGCGUGGACCUGCCCCGACCCCCGGCACCCCGCAGCGCCGAGUCUUCUACGACAUCCCCGGCGGGAGAUCCUACGCGUACCCGAUCCCCGCGUCCUACCGCCACGUCACGAGCCGCAGCGGUUGGCUCGUCCUGGCCGCCUCGGACUCGCCGCGCCGGCUCCUGGUGCUGAACCCCAUCACCGCUGGGCAGGUGGUGGUGUCGUGGCCGUUCGGGGAGGACCCAACCGAGGGCUUCCACGCCGUCCUGACGGCGCCGCUCGGCGACCCUGGGUGCUUGCUCGCGGUCGCCACGGACAGGCUCAUCAAGUACUGCCGCCCCGCCGUCGGCGGGGACUGGGCCACGCUGCGCGCCCCGGGGUUCCGCUACGACACGGCCUGCAGCGACCUCGUGUCCGUCGGCGCCACGGUGUACCUCGUAGACGAGCGGAGGAAGCUGUGGCGCGCGGACCUCGCCGCCGCGCAGCCCAAGGUGGAGCGCAGGGACACGGCGUUCGCGCUCCCGCAGGGGGAGAGGUGGCGCCACUACCUCGUGGAGUCGCUCGGCCACGUCCUCCUCGUGGUCUCGGACGAGCACCACAAGCGCCUCGGGCUCUACAGCCUCAGGUGGGACGCGAGGCUGUGGGUGCCGACGCCCGCGAGCGGCCUCGGCGACAGCGUGCUGCUGCUGGGCCGCGGAUGUUCGGCGGCCGUGCCAGCGUCGGCCGCAUCGGGCCGCUCGCCGGGCACAGUUCUGGUGGUGCGCCAGCCGUGGAGGUGUAGCUUGUUCCACGUGGACAGUGGGUUAAGCUUUCGCGGCGGCGGUGGCGAGCAACCUUGGUUCUGGACGGAGUCGCGGCUGGGCGCGGGGCUGGGUGAUGAUCAGCUGGUGAUGAGGAAGACGGUGCCGCAGUGGCCGGGCGAGUUCACAAUCGGUGAUUCAUUCUGGUUCUUCCCCGGCAUUGAUGAAAGUGAUUGCCCAUAGGACCUUCUCCUGAUGCCAAGAAGCAGCACAAGCACAAAAGGAGCACACACCCGAUCAUCAGGUUGCGAUAGGUGUAGGAUGUGUGUGAGAUUAGCAUGAUUUAGUUGAACUGUAUUGUUCAGUUCCGGCCUAGCUAGUUGAAACAUGUGAAGUAGCGCAGUGUACAACAUUAGAAUCGUAUCGUGCGACAGAUGGAUUCUUUUGUUUUUUUGGUCCAGUUUGCAUAUUAUUAGCUUCAAUCAUAAACCAGUUCAACCUGUGGUAACAGUCUAACAGACUAUAUAGUAGGUGAACCACAACCGAAGCCUGCAUAAUCUUUCGCGCUCUGGCCUUGUUUUUCAUGCUCAGGCCUGUUUGGAAUGCUGGAAUUUCACAAGAAUUAUGCAUGAAUUUUACAGGAUUUA